UUUUUUGAAUAUUUCAUAAAUUUCAUUUUAAUAUUUAACAUAUAAAAAAACGGCAAUGAAAGGAAAUAGAUCAGAUUACAAAUUGUGCAACGCAGCACUUGUAUUGAAUAACGUGCUUGACAAAUUUAUUGAUGUAGAUAUUGCAUGUUUAUAAAUUAAAAUGGAGGAUUUAAAAAAGUUAAAAGAAAGCAAGGAAUAUAGAAAUUAUAAGGGUGUUCAGGCAGCUACAUGUGUCGUUGGGGCUUCGUUAGAGAAUUACACGGUGCAGUGUCUAGACUCGGUUCAUCAGAAAAUUUCUAAUAAGCUUGGACCAUUGCUACCCUGUACUAAGCAAUGUAGUCAGCAAAUACCGGACCAUAACAAAUGGUGUCGUUCUUGUAUAUCCUGGAAGAAUGAGCUGAAAACGUUUUUCAAGCAGAAAAUGCUUAAAGACCAACCUAAAUGGAGAAAUAUGGAGAGCUGGAAAUGGCCAACGUCAUCUCUCAAUAUAGCAGAAGUAUUUCUCCCUGUCAACUGGAGUCAAAGUGCCAUCAAUUUAAAAGAUACUUCUACGCAAAUAUAUAUAUGGAAGAGAUGCUCGGAAGUUCCGAGUUCAAUGGGCAAAUCACUUGAGUCAAUUAAAAAUAUACGAAACAAUUUAGCUCACAACACCAACCUGAAAAUCGACGAUAAUGAUACGAGGGACUACUUUCAGAAACUCAAUACAUGUGUUAAUCAAGCAAAUAUCAAAUCUGUUAUUCAAAACCACCCUAAGCUUCUGAAUGAUAUAAAAUAUCUCGAGAAACAUAGCAUGGACAGAAACAUCGAAAGGGCUUUGAAGAAAAUAAAUGCUAGAUUAAAAAGAAUAGAAGGUAGAAACAACAGUUCCGGACAAGACUGUAACAUUUCAGAUUGGAAGCUUAUAAUAUUUGUUACAAUAAUAGCAGUAAUAGCCGCUGUGUCAACAGGUUUGGUGUAUAUGAGGGAAGCUGACAAUUUCGGAAGUUCAUUAAAACAGAAGCAUAAAAACGAAGGUUGUCUGACUGAAGACAGUCAUAGGUUGUUCCCUGAAAGUAUCCGUGUGUUUAAGUAUCUCCCAGACAGCAGUUCAUUCGUAGGCAGGCAAUGGUUGUUUCACAUUCUGCAGAAUAUGACGAUAAAGAACAGUACGAAACAUGGUGUUAUGAUGUUAGCUGAAAUGGGAUAUGGUAAAUCAGCUAUCGCCGCCAAUAUUAUAUGUUCUACGUCUACGGAUACCAGCUAUUCACUUCGGGAACGACUGAUAGCAUACCAUGUUUGCCGUUUUGAUUCGGAAAUAACGAAAAAGCCACAUAUUUUUAUUCGACGAAUUGCCGCCAUGUUGCACAGUCAUAUUGCAGGAUUUUCAGAAUUAGUUGAACUUAGUUACACGGCGUGCAUCCGUCAUUUUGAUGAGAGGGAAUGUGAAGAGGAUCCCUAUGGGUGCUUCGAUCAAUGCAUUAGGUUUCCGCUAAUCGAUAUGUACUUUGCCAAUAAUGUAUCCAAAAUUAUUAUUAUAGAUGGUUUAGAUGAAUGCGAGGAUACGCUGAAUAAUGAAAAUAAAUUAGCAGAAUUGUUAACAAAUCGCAUAAACACAUUUCCGAGAUGGAUAAAGUUGUUGAUAUCAUGCAGAGAUGUACCAGCGUGUAGAAAAUUUCAGUCAACACUUGAAAUUCUUCGUCUAAAUUCGAAUCAGCCGGAAAAUAGACGUGAUAUUGAACAAUUUUUGAGAAACAAUAGAAAAAGUCAGUCUGAAGAAUACGUGUUUGACAUCAGCAACACAAAUUUUCUUUUGGCAACUAUAUUUCAGUCAGAACAACUUUUAAGCACCGUAAACUAUACCGUAGAUGCAUUAUUUGAACAACAAUUUCGCAGAUAUUUCAAAAAUUAUAUACGACCAACAAAAACAAUAUUAUCGAUACUUCUGUCAUCCUUUAAAGAUUUCACAUACUGGGAUAUCUGGUAUAUUGUUGGAAACACAACUGAAAUCGAAUACGAUACAUAUGAAUAUAUCAUGGGUAGCUUAGAGCAAUUCUUUCAACAUGUUGAUGGAAAAAUUCACCUGUUCCACUACUCGCUAGAAUCUUGGCUGUUCAAUUCAAACAAUCGUAAGUUUGGGAUACACUCGUCUGAUGGUCACCACUUACUUGCAACCUACCAUUGGCUUAUGCACAUACGCUUUAGUUUAUGCAUAGAUGUUGUCGAAUUCGUUAUCCAUGCUUCCUUAUCACCAAAAUUUCAGCAUGAUUUACAACAAAUUGAUAAUGAAAUAAAAAACAAACUUACCGAUGCAGAUUGUCAAAACAAAGAACAUCCAUUGCACAGACUUGCCAAGCGCUUUGAUAACGCAAUGGCUACUGAACAUCUUUUAAAAUACUUUCCUAAAGUGGACAUACUUGAUGAAUAUAACAGAACAGCGUCCUUCAUUGCUGCGACAUUUGGACACGUCGAAACUCUUAGAACACUAUUAAAGUAUGGUGCGAAUGUAACAUACAGAACUGAAUCAUUUUAUAACAUAAUAAACUUAGAUAAAGCAGUUCAAAUAGCUUUUGAGUUACAACAUUGGGAUUAUGGAUUAUUAGAUAUAGCUGCACAGAACGGACACCUAAGUGUUGUAAAAUAUCUCAUGGAUAAUUCAAAUGUUUUAUCUUAUCCUCUGGAAAGGAAGAAUGGACUAAAUUUGCUGCCAGUAUAUUUGGCAUGUAAACUGGGGCAUACUCAGAUCGUUCGCUACUUAACUGAUUACAACAUUAAUAUGACAGACAACGUAUGUCUUUACUUUGCGUCAGAAAGAGGAAAUUAUGAACUGGUAUCAUAUCUUCUAGAAUCAGGAAUGAGAGACGAAUGCAGACCAUGUAGCUCACAGCUAAACUGGGUGCCAGAGGGCAAAUCAAGAAUCCAAGGUGAAAAAAUAGUCACUGAUCUAAAAAAGGAAUAUAGAGGUUAUUAUGUUUUAUUUGAUGACUGGCAGUAUCUAACCUGUGAAACAGCCCUUCAUGUUGCUGUACGGUUAAAUAAGAUAAAGAUUUCUCAGUUGCUGACACAUUACACUAACAAUGCCAUUAAUUGCAAGGAUAGAGGUGGAAGAACCCCCUUUCUGACAGCAGUUCAGUUCGACAGAAGAAAAAUCGCCGAAGAUUUUAUCAACAAAGAUUACUUUGGGGAAAAUAUUAGAUGCACUGAAGCUCGUAAAAUUAAAGACAUCGCGCAAUUAAAUGAAAAAGAGCGAGACGAAAUAGAUCUUUAUUCUUGUUGCUUGAAUUGUUCCAUCCUACAUGUUGCCGCACAAUUUGGGCGGAUAUGGUUCGUUGAUCAUCUUUAUAAUUCCAAUGUUUCUAUAGACUGGAAUAUAAAAGACGGUAUUGGAUGUCAGCCUGUGCAUACUGCUGCCUGUCGUGGCCAAACGGAAUUUAUCUCGUUUUUAAUAAACCGUCAUAUUACGAACUUUGAUACAGAAUGCAGAAACGGACUGACACCACUUCAGUACGCAGCAAAUUGUAGAUCACUUGAAGCAGUCAAGUUUAUACUGCAACAUACACAUAACCCAUCAAAAAGUAUAUUAACACGUGUUGCUUUCGCAGCUCUUGAUAGUUCAGUUCAAGACACCUUUGCAAAUAAUUCGGAGGAAUCUGAACUUGAUGUACGUCGGAUAGUUACAACACUUUUGAAAAUACAUAAAGAUUUCGAAAUUGUAGAUGGUAACAAAAGAAAUAUUUUGCAUCAUGCUAUAACAAAUGGACACUUUCAUGUGGUAUUAUACAUGUUUCAAAAAAAUCCCAGAACGUCGGAGCGAUUAAUGAGAAGAAGCGAUACUAUGAACGAAACACCAUUACAGAGGGCUGUUUCACAUAAAAAGAAAACAUCACAUACUGUGGUCGUCUUUAAUUUUGAUAAUCUAGACCAGGAAUUUACAAUAGAUUUAUGUAAGCAUUACCUGUCGCCUGUUGAACUCUCAAUAAUAUUAGCCCUGGAUUUUUCCGAAAGUCUGUUACCGAGACAACAGAUGGACGAGUUUUUGGUACAACUUCUUGAGAAGAAUUACGUUUCAGUCGUGGCUGUUUACGUAAAAUUUAUUAAUAAGCACAUUGUGCGAGACCAAGACUUCGUCUCUAAGAUUCUUCCGGCUGAUUCGACCGAGCUAUUAACAAUUGAAAUUCUUAUGCUGAAAAUAUAUUAUUCAAAAGAAUUUUUUGAUGAUAUUGUUGACUGUUUUUAUAAUUGCGACGCUAUACUAUACCGUUGUCUUUAUCACAAAAUCGCCCUUACAGAUCUACAAUUAACCCCCCUAAUUAAUAGAUAUCUAAACAAAACAGUAUCUCUGUUGGAAUACUUCUUACCAUUCGGUUUACACAAUUUAGCAAUGCUCAGCUCAUGUCAGGACAGAGAAGGCUACACUGUUCUUGAGAGAGCAAUACAGGGUGAAAACGAAAACCUUGUCAAGCAUCUCCUAGAUAUAGGAGUUGAAAGCAAACGACCAAUAACAGAACUGCUACAGAUGACAGUGACUCCUUCCAAAAAGAAAUACUACGUUCUAACAAAACUUAAUGAAAAUGGAGUAUUAUUGGCAGAAUUAAUUGAACGAAAUGUUAGUUAUAGUAAAUGGUCCCGCAGCGUAGAGAAGGGGUACAGCAAUACUUAUGAGUUGUUCGUUCGCUUUAUUAGAAGUGGUUACAAUGUUACAGUAUUUGGAUUAAAAACUGAACACAUGGAUAGGAUAGCAUCAGCAAUCAUCGAUAAAUAUCACAAAAGUAUCAAACCCGCAUCUUUAUGUUCGAAAUUCGCAAGGAAAUUUUCUUUCGUGCAUAUAGCAGCUUUGCAAGGUAUGGAGAAUACUUUAAGGAAAAUAUGGCACUAUUUUGGUGAUGAUGUUAUUACAUGCCCAAAUAUUCACUUAAUUUCGCCAUUAUAUAUAGCAAGUCGACUUACACCUGGAUUAAAUCUUGCAUCAGUUAAAGAGUUUCAAAACUACUUUAAAGUGACCGCAUUUGUUGAAAAGCAAAUUCUGUUCCAAACAUACACACGCUUUAAGCUGAAAAAACAUGGAGAAAAAGUUCUGUGCAUUUUCGAUUACAGCUGGAAUAUUCCACGAAAUAUGUAUAGAAUUCUUAAGUCUUAUAUAUGUCAAAAAAGGUUGAAGAAAUAUUUACAACUUGGUAGUUAUUCGAUGGAGGAAAGUUCAAAAUUUAUCUACAAUAUGUAUUCCUAUCUAAACAACUUGAAAAUGUCUACUUCUUUGUGCCAGAAACGUCACAGAAAUUCAGGUAUUAGAACUCAAGAAGGGAUUGACAAAGUGUUUCGGCGCGUAACAAGACGAAUGGAUGUAAAUCUUCACUUCAUGUUAGAUAAAUUUAUUAUAGUUAUUAAUUUAGUAAAAUCAUAUAGAGCAUCGGUGAUAACCUUAAUGGAAUAUAAAGAUGAUAUAGACAAAUAUCCAAGUGAGCGCGAAUGUCCUAAAUUUAAACGAGAUAUGAUGAACGAAAGACAAACAUGGGGAAUUUUAAGGAACGAGUACCGCUACAAUGUAUGGAUGUUGAAAUUAUAUUUUAUUACGGAAAUAACUCAUAUGGCCUCAAGAAUACCGCAGUUUCAUUUUCCCCAAACUAAUGUACUGAACGUUUUAUCGAAAGAGAGCGCUUACUUGAGAUUUAAUCGGGCAUUCAGUUACAUCAAAAUAAUUGAAAACUUAAGUGUUUUCGAGGAUGACUUUGUCUUGUAUCUCCAGACCACGACUAAAGCUGAAAUCUGGCAUUGGAUUGAGCUAACGGAUCACUUAGUUAAGUAUGCUAGGUGGUCAAGGGAAGCGUUAUCAGUUGAGUACCAAUAUAAAAUGAUACAGAAUAAAGUAUAGAACUGAUCAUGUAAACUUGACUGAACUAAGAUGACGGUAGACAUUAGCAUUUAAUGUGAGUUAAUUAUCUAAAUUAUGUAAAUGCAAAAUACCACAUAAGAAAUUGUGUAAAUUAGUUUAUUGUGUGAUAUUGCUUUUCCACCUAGUACCCUACUUACAAAUCUCAAACUUUAUGUAAUUUCUUUUGAUACUAUGUAAAUACCCAGUAUGUUUCUGUCUAAAUUAUAUUGAUUUCAUAGGUUCUGUUUAUGACAUGUGUAAGUUGUAAACAUAUGUUUUAGAUAUAAACUUACAUUUGCAAUCAA